GCAGGGAGCUGCGAUGGGAGCGGAGCCAUGAAUGGUGCGAGCCCCGGCGGCGCCCGCAGCCCGGCCCGGAUCCCCGACUGGCGGCAGUUCUGCGAGCUGCAGGCGCAGGCGGCCGCCGCGGACUUCGCGCUCGAGUUCUGCCGCUUCCUGCUGCUGCUGCGCAGGGCGGGCGCCGCCGCCGGGGAGCGCUUCCGCCUGGAGUUCUUCGUGCCGCCCAAGGCCUCCAGGCCAAAGGUGAGCAUCCCCCUUUCGGCCAUCAUGGAGGUGCGGACCACCAUGCCCCUGGAGAUGCCUGAGAAGGACAACACGUUCGUGCUCAAGGUGGAGAAUGGAGCCGAGUACAUCCUGGAGACCAUUGACUCCCUGCAGAAGCACUCGUGGGUGGCUGACAUCCAGGGCUGUGUGGAUCCUGGUGACUGUGAGGAAGACCUCGAGGUGGCCUGCUCCCAGGGAGGCUGCUUGGCCAGCCGUGUGGCCUCCUGCAGCUGUGAGCUCCUGACGGAAGACCCGCCGCGGCCCCCAGAGACAGCGGCAGCCGUGGUGACUGCCCCACAUGGCCGGGUCCGAGACACUGUUGGAGAGUCCCUGCUCCACGUCCCACUACAGACCUUCCUGCAGACCCUGCAGUCCCCAGGCGGCAGCGGAGGCAAUGACAGCAGUGCAGGGGAGGAAGGCGUGGAGCCAGACCCCGAGGCUGAGCCGGGCCUGGAGCUCUCCAACUACCCCUGGUUCCACGGGACCCUGUCUCGGGUCAAGGCCGCUCAGCUGGUGCUGGCAGGAGGGCCCCGGAGCCACGGCCUCUUCGUGAUCCGCCAAAGCGAAACGAGGCCUGGGGAGUACGUGCUGACCUUCAACUUCCAGGGCAAGGCCAAGCACCUUCGUCUGUCCCUGAACGGCCACGGCCAGUGCCAUGUGCAACACCUGUGGUUCCAGUCUGUGCUUGACAUGCUCCGCCACUUCCACACCCACCCCAUCCCACUGGAGUCUGGGGGCUCUGCUGAUAUCACCCUGCGCAGCUAUGUCCGGGCCCAGGGCCCACUACCUGACCCGGGGCCAUCGCCCAGUGGCGUCGCGCCCGCGGCCCCUGGCUGCUGGGCCGAGCCCGCCGGCCAGCACUACUUCUCCAGCCUGGCCGCGGCCGCCUGCCCGCCCGCCUCGCCCUCGGAGGCCCCCGGAGCCUCCUCUUCGUCCACCUCGUCGGCCUCCACCGCCUCCGUGCCUGCGCCUCCGCGCGCCGCCGAGGGUCCGCUCAGCGCGCGCAGUCGCAGCAACAGCGCCGAGCGCCUGCUGGAGGCCGCGGCCGGGGCCAGCGAUGAGCCCGCGGAGGGAGCGCCCGGCCGUGCGCGCGCCGUGGAGAAUCAGUACUCCUUCUACUAGGGCCCAAGGCGGCUCGGCCCGCCUGCCCGGGACAAGCCGGGCUCAUUCGCGGCACUGCCGCCUGUCUGCGGUAGGCCACGCCCUAUCGGCGGAACGGCCCGCCUACCCGGGGCAGGCCGCCCAUUGGCCGCAAGACCUGCUUGUCUGCGGUAGGCUGUGUCCGAUCGGCAUGUAGGACCGCCCACCCGUGGCGGGCCGCGCCCACAGGCCCCAGCCUCAGGCUGUGGUAAAAGGAAGCUCUUCAGUGAAGACAAAUGUUUAUUAAAGAGCCUGU